GUGGCCAGUUUACGUUAUCAACUCAGUUGAUAAUACUAAAUUACCCAGUUAUAACUAUAUCAGCUUGGAUUCGUAUAAAGGUGAGGAUUCUAUUAGGGUUAUUCUGAUGACGUUACCGGUUUGGUGAUUGCUACUCGUUCCAGAAAACUGUGAGACGCAAGUUCGUGGUGCGUGCGGAUAAAUUUGGUAAAGAAUCGAAGUACGAAACGUACUUAACAUUUUCAGCCAACAUGCUAAAUUCCCCCGCUUAGUGUUUUUAAAUUGAUCGCCAAUUCCGUUUUAAUUUUUUGGAAAGCUUGAUAAUAUCAAGCUUCCUUUCCACAGGUUUCGGUUUGGUUUGCUAAGUUACCUGAGACACAAAGCUGUUUAUUUUCUCAAGUCGCGUUUCGCAUCUCUAAUUUUCGUUUAAUUCCACUGAUAGAUCGGGAAAGGGGCAAAAAGUUAACUUAAAGUUGUUUUUUUCUAGAGAGAGUGAUAUAUAUAUAUAUAGAGAGGGAGACAGAGGAAGGGAGGGAGAUCAGUGGUGAGCACGAUAACAUUUCCGAGAAUUUGAGGAUUCUUUUAAUCAUUUGCAUAUUGCAUGGCAUCCAAAUGUCUCUUAUGAUCGCGUUGUUAUUUGAAGUGGAAGAUGCAUUGCUGAUUUAUUGAGGAUAUCCUAGGACUUCUGCUUAAAUGCUAAGUUUUAACCUGAUCACCAAUUCUGUUUAUCUUUUUUGGAAAGCUUGAUAAUUUCAAGCUUCCUUUUCAUAGGUUUGAAUAUCGUUUUUUUAACAGCUGAACCUUUGAAACAAAGACAUACGAUGAAAAAUUUUUUUUCUCUCAAGUCGAGUUUCAGAACUAAAAUUCUCGUUUAAUUCCACCAGUAUAUCAUAGAAGAGGUAGAAAAGCUAAGUUAAACUUACUUUCUUUUAGAGAGAGAGAGAAACGGAGCGAGAGACAGGGAGAGCGGGGGAGCACGAUAACAUUUCCGAGAAUAUGUGAAUUAUUAAUUACUUAUAGAUUGCAUGGCAUGCAAAUGUCUCUUAUGGUCGUGUUGUUAUUUGAAGUAUAAGAUGCAUCGCUGAUUUAUUGAGGAUAUCCUGGGACUUCUGCUUCAAUGCUAAGACCUGAUCACCAAUUCUGUUUGUCUUUUUUGGACAGCUUGAUAAUUUCAAGCUUCCUUUUCAUAGGUUUGAAUAUCGUUUUCCAUGUGAACAGCUGAACCUUUGAAACAAAGACAUACAAUGAAACUUUUUUUUUCUCAAGUCGAGUUUCAUAUCUAAAAUUCUCGUUUAACUCUACUAGUAUAUGAAAAGAAGAGGUAAAAAAAAACAUAAACUUACUUUCUUUUAGAGAGAGAGAGAAAAAGAGCGAGAGACUGGGAGAGAGAGAGAGAGAGAAAGAGAGGGAGAUCAGUAGUGAGCAGAUAACAUUUCUGAGAAUUUGAGAAUUUUUGUUUAUAUAUUGCGUGGCACGCAAAUGUCUCUUACGAUCGUAGUUUUAUUUGAGGCAGAAGAUGCAUCGCUGAUUUAUUAGGGAGGUUUGAAGACAUAUUCAACCAAGAUAAUGUGCUCCUUAAAUUUUGGCUCAUAGAAAUUUAUAAAAUUUAAGAGGAGUUUAAUUUCUUAACGACUCGAUCGAUCUCUUGUACUUACACGUCUAUAUUAGCUAACUUUUAUGUACAUAUGGACAAAUCAACCGAACGCAAUCACAACAGAUUUCCAGGGAAGACAGCUUUUUACAAAGUAAUCCUUAGAAGAGUAGAAGAGUCUUUUUAAAAAAGGUUGAUGCUUGAAAGAAGAAAUCUUUUACAGGAGAAAGACCACAGGAAGUUGAAUCUUGAACGCUUUCUAAGAUAAAACUGACUACGCAGGCGAUUAAUUCAACUACAUCGUUGUUGAGGUGACAUAAUUCAAUGAUACGAGACCGAGACAUUUUUAAAGCAACGUUUGACGAAAUCCACGGUUCUAAUUUCAGUAAAGUAGGAAAAUCAGGCGGAUGAAUUUUUCUUUACAACUGUUUGAUUUUUCGCAGAAAAUUUAAAAAUUUGGAAAUUUGAUCGGUCAAUCGAUUUAGCGGAAAAUUUCGAUCGCAUGAGAUGCAAGACUAAGACGUUCUGUGAAGAUUUGCAUAAAAAGCUUUCACAAGAAAAUUUACGACAUAUUUAGAACUUUAGAUAAGCAAUCUUGCGCGCAAAAUUAAUUGUAUAAUUCAAAGAGCAGACUUCGCUUGUACAUCAUGCACCCUAACAAGUCCCAAAAAACGCACAACAAGAAUUUACUCUUAGCGGGAAGUUAAAGUUCGUAAAUUAACAUGCAGUGACAACUACUAUAAGAAAAUUAUUUCAAAGAAAAAGGCUGGUCAUGAAAAUCAAUGUAAAGAAAGUACAAUGAGGCUUUCGUUUGUGAGUCAAUUUUAAAUGAAUGACGUUACCAAUGACAGGCAAAUAUAUAUUUCAGAUAUAUCUCAAUUUUUGGCCUAAAUACCUUAAGAUCUUUACUUCCCAAGGUGAAAUAUAUUCACCCUUUUCUACCUUUUAAAACGUUAAAAACUCGAGUUUGAUCAGGCGGUUUUGCCGAUAUUUUCUAAGUUUUUGUUUUUCUGAAUAUAUUUGAUUAGCCCCGACAGAUUUGCGCAAAAACAAGCUAUUUAAUGCGAAUUUGUUUGUGACUAGGACAGAGCCAAUUACAUAUAAACUGUACUGUUUUAUAAAGUUUGUUUUUUUAAACAUUAAAAUACACCUUUUUAGAUAGCAAUAGUGCGAUCGCGACAUUACGUUACCAAGAGUAACAAUAAGGUACACGUAAAAGCUCAGUACAUUACUUGCCCUAAAAAUGACCCAACAUUAACACAUAACAAAUUAGGCGCGAAUGAUAUGGCUGACGAGGCAGGCGCGAUCCGAGCUUACCCCAAUACGUGUCUGGCUCUAUUGAAAAAAUGGCAUCGUAUUCAACUGACCCAUGAAUUUUCUAUUUGGUUAAGACCUGCAUGUAGCUCAGAGGACAUCUAAAACCCAUCUUAAGAGCCAUCCAGUUUUACGUCCCAUUUAGUCACUUAACCGUCACUAUUUCAGACUAUGCAUGACACUUUACCUUAUAUAUUUUUUGCAGCAACUUUCCGCAAAGAUGUCGAACGAAUCGUGGACUGUAUAUACAAUUAAGUUUAUUGGCUGGAUUGCUUUGAGAGCUGCUGCAGACUAUAUGAAAUCUGGAUUACGAAAUGUAUUAAAUUUCGUUGAAGUGGUGAAGAAUUUCUAUCAUGGUGAUAUCGUUGGAGGAGUAAUAAACUUGCUUUAUGGAGUUGUAUGCUAUGGUACUUUUGGUACAUUGAGCGUUGUAAAGGAUGUAGCGGGACAAAGUAUAAAAGAGGCUGUUGUUCAUGGUACUAAAAGAAUUGCGUUGACCAAUGAAGCUAGAAAAGGUCUAGUUGCAAGUGAUUUGGCGAAAGAAAAGAUGCAAUUGAAGCGAAGUGUUAUUACCUUAGCUUCUGUAGAGACUUGAAGAAAUUGUUUAAAAGUAAACGUGACUGUCUGUAAAAAUAAGUGCACCCCCUCCCUUAGCUAAAGGUCUGGAUCCGCCACUGGAUGGUGGCAGUGACAGAGAAUGUAAAUAUUUUCUUAUCGGUAUGUAAGCACGUGAGACGCCGUGGUGUUAAUUGCGUCUUUUGUUGUAGGGCGUCUUUAAGGUUUGACGUUUGUGAUGUAUUCAUCUCAGCUUUAUAUUAAAAAUUUUCCUUGCAUAUAAUUUAGCCCGUUUUACCUCUAACCCCCAGGGGUUGGUGCACCUGCAUUUGGAUGAAGGAUACAAUGCAUUUUUCCCACUGGGUUUUUUGGGGGGUUUUCGUAUCACGCGGCGGCACACAAAAUGCUUUUAGCCCGGUAAGUGAUUCAGUUGUAACUAGUUGUUUACUGUUUUCUGUACCUUUGUACGCUUGAGCUUUAAACACUCGGGCUCAUAGUUCGAGCUGCACAUCCACUCUAGUUUAUGAGUAAAGUAAAAUAGAAACAUUUACCAGGGUGAGAAAAAUUAGUCAUGAAAAACGUCUCAAUGAUCUCAAUCUUGACUGUAGCUUAAAAACGAAAGAACAAUUAUGAUUGUUGAGUAUUAGUCAACCAG